ACCCCCCGGUACUUGUUAGUUGGCAUUUCAGAGUGAGACACUACCUGAUUGCUGUCAAUAUGGCGAGUCUUUUCACCGUUGUGGCCAUGCUGGCGGUGAUGUCCAGUGGGUUAUGUGAGGAGAAAACCUUUCUGCAGCGAGCUGGUGUGGCCUUUAACAGCAGACAGUACAGAUCUCUGCUUACUGUGAACAACGGAGAGCAGUUUGGAAACUGGACCUGGCCCGAGAUGUGUCCUGACAAGUUCUUCGCUGUUGGCUUCAGUGUUAGGGUGGAGUCUAACCAGUACGGGGCGGAUGACACCGCUCUGAAUGGGAUCCGCCUCAUCUGUGCCAAAGACGGGAGCCGAAGCUUCCUGUAUUCUAUUGAAUCCCACAGUGGCUACUUCGGUGAAUGGACCCAGCCCCAGUACUGCCCCAGUGGCAUGCUCUCCUCUUUCCAGAUCCGCGUGGAGCCCCAUCAGGGUCUUUUCGGUGAUGACACGGCCAUCAACAACAUCAAGUUCCGCUGCAGCAGCAACCCGACGCUGGAGGCGGCCGGCAUGGACUGGGGAGAGUACGGCCACUGGAGCCAGGAGUGUCACGAUGGUGGAAUCUGUGGCAUCGAGACAAAGAUGGAGGAAUACCAGUAUGGCCUGGACGACUCCAGCCUCAAUGAUGUGCGCUUCCAUUGCUGUGCCAAGCCUCAGCAGUGAUCGGCAGGUGAAUAUCAGCACGCCUGAGCAGUUUGAUCCAACGCCCUGAAUUCGAAGCUGACAAAUAAUAAAAAGCUCAUUUGAAUUGC